GAAAAUAACGAUGAAGUGUGGAAGAGUACGAGCGCCUUACCCGAAGACACGUCACUUGAAAAAUAACUUGACUUUAGAUUAAUGGUCAACACCUUCAGGGAGUGAUAGGUUCUGGAUCAAUUGGCAUUGUUCAGUCGAUAAUGAUUAAAUAUAUAUUUAAAUGGAGACCCAUUACACCAACGUUCACCAGGAAUUUCAGCAGGGCUGUCCAGCAAUCACCGGUGAAGCUUGCAUAUACCGUUCACGACGCGGAGACCCCUAAAGAGGUACAGAAUGGGCGAUUGACGUUGAUGUUAUUUAUGAUCUAUCUUGCUGACAGCCAGUAGAAUUCGUUUUACUCUUGAGGUGUCUCACAUACUCCAGAAAUUUCAAUAUUCUCCUCUACAGGGACCGCAAAAAACUCCAGUGCUCUUCUUACACUCAUUCUUAAGCUCCAAGGAAGAACUGGCCCCACUGUCGAAAGCUCUGAAUCAACGUACGAAGCGAACAGUGAUCGCAAUGGAUGUGAGAAAUCACGGGGAAUCACCGGAGGCACCGGAGAUGUCGUUUGAGUCUAUGGUAGCUGACAUCAAGCUGUUCAUCCAAAAUUUAAAUCUGAAUAAGAGUAUUUUGAUGGGACACAGCUUGGGAGCAGGAAUUAUGAUAUCUACGGCUCUCAAAUAUCCUUCUUUAGUUGAAAAAAUUGUUGUUAUCGAGGCAAAUCCAGUCGAAAGCAGUCCGAGUCUCAUUAAAAUGGGGGAAAACGUUAACAACUUGAGUGUGGUCAACUUCCAGGGGCUCCGGACACUUGAUGAGGCAAGGAAACACGCAGAUAUUUCUCUUCGCCAUUUAAUCUUGUCUCCAGUUGUUCGAGAACGUUUCACUGGAAUUAUAAAGGAAGUGUCCCCUGGAAAGUUUGCAUGGGCGAAUAACUUUCCAGUGAUAGCGAGAGACAUGAAAAAAAAUGUCAUCGACUUUAUGACUGAACAAUUAAUAGCUGAUUUAAAGAAGAAACCCUUUACAAAACCAGCAUUAUUCAUAGGAGGUAGUCAAAGUGAUUUUUUCGAGAUAAGACAUUAUGCAGAGAUAAGAGAAAUAUUUCCUAGGGCUGAAUUCGCUAUUAUCGAGGGUGGCAACCAUUGGGUGCAUUUGAAAAAACCUGCGGAGGUUCUCAAAAUCGUCUCAGAGUUUAUAAAUUGAGAUUGACUGCUAAUGAUGCUCUUAUCGAUAGAGAGAGUAACAUACGAUAGUAGGGAACUACCUCACGCAAAAUAGAGACACCUGUUGACACCCGCGCCAAAUGAUAAAAUUGACGAUAAAAUUAACGACCCAUCCUCAUAAUUAUUAACUGCUUAUGUUCUGUCAUUAGUGGGUUAACCUGACCCUCGAUUAAUGUACCUAUCGACGUCAUUAUCCUUUCAAAUAAAUACUCCCUGCUACUCAAGAGACAAAGUUUCCCAACCGUCAAUUGAUGAUGUAAUGAAUAAACAUCAAUGUAAUUGC